UGUUUACAGAGAGCUCGACCACACAGCUUUAGCAAAUAAGUAGUCCUUAUGGAGGUAAAUAUGUCGCAUAUAUAAGCAAAGUGUCACACAAAGAUCUACUAACGGGCUACUAAGGCAAUCAACAGUAUCAAUCAAAGGGCAGGAUUUCAAAAUGUCACUGAAGCUCCCGCUAUUUGGGAACACAUUCAGUCCGAAGAAGAUUCCUCCAAGGAAAUCAGCUUCGUUAUCAAGCCUUCAUAAGCUAGACCGUUCCACACGGGAACUUGAGCUGGGUCUCGAGUGUGGACCGCCUAUGAUGAACAUCGGAGGACAUGCAUUAAAAUUUGAAGAUGGACACUGGAUAACGGAAUCCGGUGGAAAUGUAUCUUCAAGGGAAAUGGAGCGGAUCAGGAAAAGAAAUACACAGCUAGAAGAGGAGAACAAUAUUCUAAAAUUAAAGAUUGAAAUUCUUCUUGACAUGCUGACGCAGUCCACAGUAGAUUACCACCUGAUGGAGAAAGAAGUGCAGGAGAUAACGCCUCUGCAUUGAAGAAAUGACAAAUAUGAUUAUGGUGUCUUCCUCAUAGGAAUUUUUAAGUGGGAUUAUUUUUUGUUCUUUAAAUAUUAUCUUUGGUUUUGUACAUUGUAAUGGUGACCAAAUAUUUACAAUGGUCUACACAAUUUUUUAAACAAAGAAGAAACUAUAUCCGCCGGGCUAAUUUGGGGGCACUGAUUUUGAAACUGAUGCAUCAGCCUUCAAGCCAGAUUCUUUCUGAAACUGCUGAAUUUGAAGCUGUUACCAAAUCAGUGCACUCAAAUUGGCUAAAAAAUCUAGUUUUCAUUCAUGUUUCUGCAACUUCAUCACACUUUGUAGACCUGUGUUAUCUACCAUGAACACUUUUAAGCAAAAUCAUGUUUUAUUACAUUUAUAAUGAACUGGUGUGUAGAUUGUUUUAAAAACAAUUUCUUUAUUUUUUAUUACCUCAAGUAUAUUAAAUAUUCUGCAUUUUUACAUAGUGUCUGCAUGGCAAACAGUUCUCUUCACAUUAAAGUGGAAUAGCCACAAUGAACACAGCUGAUGCCUUUUAUUCACAUAUUUAAAUCACAUAUUUGCAGACUCAACACCCUACUUAUUAACCUGAUUCUGACGAAUUGUAUAGAUCUUGACAACUGCAAAUAUACCAUAUA